AUGAAGAUUAUUUCACUUAUCGUUGACAUUGGAGGACACUUGGUGUUGGUGGUGCCAAUCAGAAAACAUUUUUGCUAUCUAAGUUGCUACAAUAGCAAUAUCAAGAAUCUCAAAGAUCAAUUUCAGAAGCUGGGUGACAAGAGAGCUGGGGUGCAAAUAGAAAUUGAUGCAGCAAAACAGAACGGAGAGGUAAUUGCACCUGAGAUUGAGAGCUGGGUAGAAAAGGUAGACAACAUUAGUGAAGGUCUGCAGAGAUUCCUUGAAGAAGAUGUCAAAGUGAAUGUGAUGUGCUUGGAUGGAUGGUGUCCCAAUUUGAAGUCACGUUAUUUCUUGAGUAGGAAAGCUAAGAAGAAGACUUUGGAAAUUGAUGGGCUUUUAAGGGAUGGACAAUUUGAUAAAGUGUCCUAUCCUCCUCCACCACCGAGAAUAGCAACUUCAUCCAAGGAAGGUUUUAAGGUUUUUGAAUCAAGAAUACCAGUUAUGAAAGAAGUUUUGACUGCUUUAAGGGAUGACAAGAUCAACAUGAUUGCCAUUUGCGGGAUUGAGGGGAUUGGAAAGACAACAAUGGCAAAAGAGGUAGCAAAAAGAGCCAAAGAUGAUAACUUAUUUGAUGAAGUUCUGAUGGUAGUAGUGUCCCGUAAAAAAGACUUGAGCAAGAUUGAAGAUCAAAUUGCAAUGAUGCGACGUUGGGAAAUUAACUUUGAGAAUGUCCUUGUAAUACUAGAUAAUGUUUUGGAAGAACUUAAUCUAAAGGACGUAGGAAUUCCUUAUAAAGUUGAACUCAAUAGUUGCAAAAUCUUGUUAACAUCAAGAAGUGAAGAACUCUGCAAUCAAAUGAAAUCUCAUAAGAUUGUUAGAAUUGAAGCCUUAACUGAAGAAGAAGCAUGGAGCUUUUUCAAAGAGAUGGCAGGUAAUUGUAUAGAUACUCCCAAUCUACAUCCAAUAGCAGAAAAGGUUGCGAAGGAAUGUAAAGGCAUACCCAUUGCUAUAGUUACUGUUGGAAGAGCUCUAGAAAACAAGAGAAAGAAUGAGUGGGUUGCUGCACUUCAACAGCUUAGAAAGUCUAUCUCAAAAAAUAAUUCAGGUUUGGAUUCAACUGUCUAUUCCAGCAUAGAGCUCAGUUACAAUUUUCUAGCAAGUGAUGAAGCCAAGUCAUGCUUUUUGCUAUGCUGUUUAUUUCUAGAAGAUUAUGAUAUUCCCAUUGAAUAUUUAGUCAGAUUUGGAGUGGGACAAAGGUUGUUUGCAAAGAUUGAUAAGGUUGCAGAAGCAAGAAAUAGAGUCCAUGCAAUGGUUGAUAAUCUUAGAAGAUCAUCUCUUUUGUUGGAUAGCGAUGAAGAAGAAUGUGUGAAAAUGCAUGAUGUUGUAGGGGGUGUUGCCAUAUCAAUUGCUAAUGAACAUGUUUGUUGGGAAGAAUGGACAGAGAAAGAUACAUAUGAACAUUCUGCUGUGAUUUUGAUUGUAUCUCGAGAAUUGAAAAAUCAUCCUGAUGGCUUGGAGUGUCCAAAACUUGAGCUUCUUCAACUACCAUGUGGCAAAGAUGCCACUAGACAAAAGCUCCCAACCAAUCUAUUUAAAGGGAUGAUGGGAUUAAAGGUUUUGGCUAUGCAAGCAAUUGGAGCACUUGGGAAACUAGAAAUGCUUAGCUUUCUUGGUUUUGAAAUCAAGGAGUUGCCAGGAGAAAUAGGAAAUUUGAGUCAUUUAAAGUUGUUAGAUCUGUCACAAUGCUCUGCUCUUCGACACAUUCCACUUGGUCUACUAUCAAGUUUAUCUAGACUAGAAGAGUUGUACAUGGGAAAUGACUUUGUGAAUUGGGAACCAACGGAAGGCAAUAGAGAGGGAGCCAAUGCAAGCCUUGCUGAACUAAGGUCAUUCUCCAAUUCUUUGAUGGUUUUACGUCUUCAUAUUCUAAACAUCAAGUUAUUGCCAAAAGAUUUGCACUUCAAAAAUCAAAUGAUAAAAUUUCAGAUAUAUGCGUGUAAGGAUCCAUUUAUGCAUUGGAGUUUUACCACCGAUUCUACUUUCUGGAACAGAACUCAGUAUAUAUUUAAAAACAGUUUGGCACCUCAUGGAAUUGUUGCAAGUGAUAUUGCGGAGAGUCGGAUACCUCGUCUACUGUUACAGAAAUCUAAAAUUAUAUUGUUGAAAGAAAUAAAAGAUUUCAAAAACAUUCUCUUCAAGUUAGACAGAGAGGGUUUUCCACGCUUGGAGGUUCUAAGCAUUUCAAACAGUGAAGAUGUAGAAUACUUAAUUGAUGCCACAUCAUAUCAGACUCCUCGUGUCGCCUUCCCUAUCUUGGAGUCAUUGGAUCUCGAGAAAUUGCCUAAUUUAAAAGAGAUAUAUCAUAGCCAAAUCCCACAGAGAUCCUUUAGUGGUACACACUCGCAGCUUGCUUGUUUUGACGAACUAAGAUCAAUUACGCUCAGCUAUUGCAAAUGUUUGAAAAAUGUCUUUUCAUUGUCCAUAGCAAGAGGUUUGGUUAGAAGGAUAGACACUUUUGGAAGUGACAAGAUGACAAACAUUCAGCAAACUACUGGAUCCUUUCCUGACUCAACACCCAUCUCUCAUAAAUUCUUUUCAUCCAAGACCAUUUUGUGGCAACCUAAUUUAAAAGAACUUUCAUUGGAGGGUUCAAAUGAAAGACUAGAAGUGGUAUUUGAUCUUGAAGGACAGAAGGACAACAAUGACCAUCAGAGAAUCAUAGUACUUGCUGAAUUGAAAGCUUUAAGAGUAAGUUAUUUAUCUAAUUUGAGGUAUGUGUGGAAGAAUGUUCCACAAGAAAUUCAAGGCUUUCAAAACCUAACAUCAAUUAAUAUACUUGAUUGUCAUAAACUGAGAUAUUUAUUCCCACCUACUGUUGCAAAACUACUUGUGGAACUUCAAAGCAUUGAAAUAGGGUGGUGUGACAUGAUUGAAAACAUUGUUCAAAGAGAUGGAGAAGAAGAGGUAGAGGAUGUCAUCUUGUUCCCAAAACUUACUUCCUUCGAUUUACGUUCUCUGCCAAAUCUUAUGAGUUUCUAUAUUGAACCUUAUUCUUUUGAAUGGUCAUCCAUCGAGAAGAUAGAUAUGUAUGAGUGUCCGAAAUUCAAAACAUUUGGGAAGCUGUAG